CGGAGAUGGGGGAGGCAGUUACCCGGCAGCACAGGGGGGCAGUCUGGGGGUGGUGCUGGAAGCCUGGUUCACCCGCUGCCGAGGACACCCCCUCCCUGGCUGGCUCGGGGGUGAGCUGCUCCCCCCCCCACGCCGGGAGGGGGGGGUAACAGCGGGGGAGGGGGGCGUCAGUGCCGCGAUUCCAGCUGCUGGGGUCCUGACGGUGGGGAGCUUGUCCGAGCCCAAAUGUCUCCCCUGCCUUGGAAACACUCUUCCCUAUCCCUGAACCUCUUUGAGCCCCCUGGGGGCCGCUGGGCAAAGCCCACGGCACUCGGUGGGGAGGAAAGGGGGAAAUGUUCCUUUUGUGGACGGGGCACGGAGCCCCUUUUGGCACGCCUGACUGCCUCGGUGUGGCUGGAUGGGUUAACUAGUUACAAGGCAGUUGAUGAACCUUCCAAAGCCUGUUAUCAGAAACACUUUCCCUCUGUUCAUUAAAACAUGUAUGGUGUACCAUGACACCUCGUGGCAUUUAUCUUUACUAAAGAAAACAAUUUUCAACUAUUGAGUCUGUGGACGAGGAAACAAAGAUUCCCAAAUGAAUAACCGAAAGGAAGAUAUGGAGAUUGCCUCCCAUUACCGUCAUCUGCUUCGUGAGCUCAAUGAGCAGAGACAACAUGGCAUCCUCUGUGAUGUUUGCAUUAUAGUGGAGGGGAAGAUCUUUAAGGCUCACAAAAAUGUCCUACUCGGGAGUAGCCGCUACUUCAAGACUCUUUACUGCCAGGUGCAGAAGACAUCUGACCAGGCCACAGUCACUCAUUUAGACAUUGUAACGGCGCAAGGCUUUAAAGCCAUCAUUGACUUCAUGUAUUCUGCACACUUAGCACUGACGAGCAGAAAUGUCAUUGAGGUGAUGUCAGCUGCUAGCUAUCUCCAGAUGACUGAUAUUGUACAAGCUUGUCACAAUUUCAUAAAGGCAGCUCUUGACAUAAGUAUAAAGUCUGAUGCCUCAGAUGAUCUUGUUGAUUAUGAACUUGGGACUGCUUCCAGCAGUAGUACAGAUGCUUUGAUUUCAGCAGUGGUGGCUGGUAGGAGUAUUUCUCCGUGGUUAGCUCGACGAACAAGUCCCGCGAACUCUUCUGGAGAUUCGGCCAUUGCUAGCUGUCAUGAAGGAGGGAGCAGUUAUGGAAAAGAGGAUCAGGAACCAAAAACAGAUAGCCAUGAUGACAUUUCAUCCCAGUCUCUUUGGUCCAGUGACAUGGGCUAUGGGUCUUUGCGUAUCAAAGAGGAGCAAAUUUCACCAUCUCACUAUGGAGGGAAUGAAUUGCGUUCUGCCAAGGAUGGUGCAAUACAGAACACGUUUUCAGAACAAGGAGCAGGGGAUGGCUGGCAACCCACUGGACGCAGAAAGAAUAGAAAAAAUAAAGAAACUGUGCGUCAUAUUACACAGCAAGUAGAGACUGACAGCAGGGCAAGCUCUCCAGUGCCAUCUUUUUUAUCUGCCUCAGGAUGGCCGUAUAACAGUCGUGACCCAACUCUGCCUUUGGAAAGAUCUGGUGCUGAUGUGACAGUGACAGAACCCAGCAAUUCGGAUAGCCGAGUGGAGAGAUCAGAUCUUUACGCAAAUGUUGAUGAAGCACUCAUAGGAGGUGAUGUUAGCUACCUAUCUCAGCCUCUUACCCCAGAGAAGGAUGAUGCACUUCAGGCUGCAACAGUUGCUAAUCUGCGCGCAGCCCUCAUGAGUAAGAACAGCUUGUUAUCUCUGAAAGCUGACAUGCUGGGAGAGGACAGUUCUCUGCUAUUCGAGUACUUACCCAAAGGCACACAUUCUUUAUCUCGGCCUGGUGCCAACUUGAAUCGUUCAAGGGGCGAAUUUGAUGGCAAAGUAGAAGCACCAUCUCCCCUGCUGCCUUCAUCACACCUUGCCACUCAGAGCCCCCCUGUGAUCUCCUGUUCUGGUGAAAUGUCACCAGAAACCAUGAUAAAAGGAAAGCUGUCUUCCUCGGCUCAGGUCCCCUAUGAUGGAUUUUUAGCACUGUGGCAGUUUGACAACUCUGACACAGAUAUAAACGUUUCAAGAUCUGAAGAUAUGGACUUAACCAAUGAAGGCCUGUUCUUGGAUUCAAUCUUAACCAAGAGACUGACUUGUGCUUUCUGCAGGAGUGUUUUUGAGUGCACUGAAAAGUUGAAGGAGCACAUACACGAGCAUGCUUUUUCCAUGAUUCUUCCUUUUGACUUAAUUGACUGUGCCAGACCUGUGCUCAUUGGCCUCACUGAUCAUAUGUCCCAGGAUCAGCUUGCCCGUUUCCAGUGUUCUAAGUGCCCUGCAAGCUUCACACUAAAAUCAAAUAUGGAUAGGCAUGAAAAGACAAUCCACUUUAACCACAAGAAGAUGCAGUGUCCUGACUGCUUAAAACUCUUUCGAGACAAGACAGAUCUGAACCGGCAUCUUAUGUCUGUGCACUCAGAUGAACGUACCUUUGUGUGUCUCUUUUGCAGCAAAGGUUUUGGUACCCAAAAGAAUCUCACUACUCAUAUAAAAGUGUGUUACCUGGGCUCUGCCCAGCCAAUUGGUGAAGAAGUUCUGGAUAGUGUGGAUCAAAAUCAGGAACCCAAGGUCAUUUAUCAAAGCUGUAUUAAGGAAAUGAGAAAAUCAUGAGAUUGGAGGGAGAUGGGGUCACGUGUUUUAGGCAUUUAUUUUUUAUUAAAUUCAUAAAUUAAAAGAGGAGUAUAUUGCUGCUUGGUUACUUGCUGAAACUGGGUUUACCAUGGGAUAAACUGUAACACUAUAAUAAUUUCCAGAUAAUAGACAGAUUGGUCAGGCACUAUUUCAGCUCCAGAUUUUGCAAACUAAAAACUCUGUUUAGAAUCAAGAUGUAAUUUUGUGUAAGGAUAUUUUUGAUAGAUAAUAUAAUGGUAUUUUGGAUUACUCAUGAUUAGAGAUCGCAUUCCUUUUAAAUUUUUACAUGUCAUGAUUAAGAACUUUGGCUUGUGUAUUUUUUUUAUAUAAGCUCAGGCCUUUAGAGAAGAUUUAAUUGAUUAUACGGAGAAAAUGUUUUAAGGAUAAUUAAUUUUGUAUUUAUUUUUAAAAGCAGUUUUAAAAGAUUCCCUUGUAAACAUAGCAAUUUAUAGCAAUAUAUUAUAUGCAGUCCCUAUGUUCUAUGAGGGUCUGUAUGAAUGGAAAUGAUCAGUGAUUGUAAACAUUUGCUUGGUUUAAAAUUCUGCUUUAUAGGUUCUGUUUAAAAUAGUCUCAAAGGGAUUAUUAAGGAGUAUACAGGAUAACUGCAUUUGGGAGUAGAAGAAGGCAUGUCUCUGUGUGGGCUUUGUCAUCUAAGGAGAUUUCCCCCUCUGAUGUUAGGCAUUACACAGUUGAACUAUAAGCUUGUUCUGCACUGCAGCUAAAGUGAAUCUGUUCUGAGAAGUACGAGUUCCAGCAGCUGUCAGGCAUGGGCAGAGGAAUAUAGUCCUACCAGAAAAGGUGAAACUGGCCUGCUGUUUUAAAAAAAAUUGAUUAUGGCAUUUUGAGAUUUUUUUUAAAAACUUCCUUUGGCUUCCUGCCAAUGUAACAUAUAUGUACACUCAGCCACUUCCUCUUCCCUAAAGCACUCUGAUUGUUGCCUGUAUUAGGUGAGAAACUCUGUUGAGCCACAGUGACAAUUAUUUCUGCUUUGCUGAAUAAUGUCUUCAUUUAUACUAGUUUUAAAAACCACAUAAAACUUCUGGAAUGCUAUUGGACAAAAAUUAGAUUUGUAUUGCAUCAAACAGAUUAUAAAAGAAACAGAACAACGAAAGACCUGAGCUUUGCAAUUGCACAGCUGUGGGAUGGAGCUUGGGUGACCAGACAGCAAGUGUGAAAAAUCGGGAUAGGGAGUGGGGGGUAAUAGGAGCCUAUAUAGGAGAAAGGCCCAAAAACUGGGACUGUCCCUAUAAAAUUGGGACAUCUGGUCACCCUAGAUGAGCUGCUAGUUCCAUCUCUGGCCCAAACUACCAGUUAAUGAAAGUACUUUGCUAUCAUCAAAUGCCACAAGCUAUUUAUAAAGAAGUCCAGUUUUCUGUAUCAUAUUAAGAAACUCUGUGCUACUUGGGCAUAUGUAUAUGUUAUAUACUGGGUUUUUUUUUUAAAUUGCUGCAAGUUUAAGAACAUUUGAUUAUUUAGUAUGCUGCUGAAUGUUACCUGAAGUUAUUUUUUAUAUUUAUGAGUAAGAAUGUGGCAUUCAAAAACUAAGUUUCUUCAAGUCGUUUAACUCCAUCAGUUUGGUCUGUACAUUGUGGUUGAGCUAGCCAAAUUGAAUGUACAUAAAAACAGAUCCUGUUGCUCCAAAAAGCCUAAUACUAUAUAGUGGAGACAGUGGACCUUGCGAAUCAGACACUGUUACUGAAAGGCUGAAGUCUUAAUAUAGUUCCCACUUAAUUACUUUGGUUCAAUUAUUUGAAAGCUGUGAACUGUUUAACUCAUAGCUUGCUCUUUAUUUUCAUACAAAUACAUAUUAGCUUAAUUACUCUAACAAUUGCUGUAGUUUAAGGUGCGGUAAGAGUGCUUUUCAAAUACUCUGUGCACAUUGCCCAAGUUGUCAGCAACUUAGUUUGGUGCUUAAGUGUUAUGUAGUAUGUAGGGGUUAACUUGUAUAUAUUGGUUCUUUUGAUAUGUGACACACAUAAAUAGAAAGCAAUAACAAAAGUUUUAGAAGUAGUAGUCCUGUGAUUUCUCCAAAGUUGUUCUCUUGCAGCAUGGCCAUAACUCAGGAAAACAAAGCAAGGAAAUGCUUAGUUUUGCACAAACAAUAUAGUAUACUUGUAGGGUGAUUAAACAUUAAGGGCCAGAUUCUUUAGCCUGCUAAAUCCACUUUGCAAGCUACACAAAGUGGGCAUAAAACAGCUGGAGAUGGCCAGUGGAGAAUUUCUCAUGCAGAGGAACUGUCCACCAGUGGAAAGCUGGAAGAGGUGGCUCCACCACCCCCAACAUGGAGGGGAAGUGGUGCCUUCUGGAUCACUGCUGUGCUACACUCAGUCCUCCUCUGGUAUAAAUUAUAUCUGCUUCACUGCAGCUCUAAUUUUCACCAGAGCUGGGUGGCAGCUUAGGGUCAGGGAGCCACAAACCACUCAACCUCACCCCCACCCCCAGUGUGCCUGAGCAGAUCACAGACAGUUUGAGAGUCUGUUCCUAUGUAACUAUUAUGGCACAUAUCAUGUUAAUUGGUAUAGCAAGAAAGCCAUAUUAAACUCUCUCUUGUCCAUAUAACGCUUUCCCCUUAUUGAUUAUUGAUAUAUGUGUAAAUAUGCCUUAGGAUCAACCUGCUCCUCCUGUUAUGAACAUGACUAAUCUGCCUGUUUGAUGUUUGGCAAUUGCUAAGUAAAUUUACUGUGCUGUUUGGCAGAUGGGAGAGGAGGUGGUAAGGAACUGAGCAGUGAGAGGGAACUGUGAAAAAGCUCUCUGCCCCCCUGAGAAAUAUCUGUGGCAUUCUGGAAGCAGAAAAUGAGGGCUUAUCUAGACCAUAUCAGAAAAGGAACAUGAGUAACCACAGCAUACCUAAAAGGACUGCUGUCACAUGACCGAGUCAUAGUCAUAGAGUUUAAGGCAACGGGGCUACUAGAGGGUCUGACCUCUUUAUUGCAGGCCACCAACACCCUCACACUAAUCCCAACUAACCCCACAGUAUUACAACCCAUAGGAAGUUAGACAGUUAUGUGCCACAGGCAGAUAUAAUGGCCAUAUUAAAUACUUACUGGGAGUGGGGGUUUCUCCCUGUAUUAGGGAAUUAAUACCUGUGUAACAUCAAUCACAUAUUUGGCACUUAUCUGAUUUCUUCAGUGAUGCUACGGUUCAGUCAUUAGAAAUCAAAUUGCCACAAUGGUAAUAAAUGUAAUGAAACCCAUAUGGAACUGUUAAAGUCACUGAAUACAUCUUGUAAAUAGAAGGAGUAGGUGGAUCAUGAAAGAAGACCCUUGAUCAUUUACUCUUCUUUUCUCUCAUUCUAACCAAUUCCCCUGUGGGUUCCCUGAUUUUGUUAAUGUUUUCUGUUAGCAUUUUCUGCGGAGUUUGCUGUUUUGAGGUUUUUAAGUUUGUCCUUUUAUUAUUUUGUGGUGUUCUUUGUGAAAAUGUCUAAAUAACAUUCUUUCAACUAGAUUAGCCCUCACCUUUCCCUAAUGUUUAAGGGACUUGAUUGAAUUAAUUUAACAUCCAAAUGAGAUCACAUAGCAGUAGAAGAAAUUAUUUUCUAUUAGACAGGUUAAGUAGGCAUUUUAUUGUAGUAUGUACAGUUAAUAUCGAUCGUACUGAUUCCUGACACCUGUGCAAAUACUUAUCCAACUUCUUGAGUGACUUGCAAGUUCUUGUCUUCACAGAUAGGAGCAAAUUAAUUAAAAAAACACAAACAUUAGAAUUUCAGGGAACAAUAUAGCAGAUGUUUAUAUAAACAUGUAAUAGAAAACUUUCUUAAACUUGUAAUUUUAAACUCAAAAUUGGGAAGUAGGAGAAGAUGUGAUAGAAAUUAUUGGUUUUACCAUGUAAAUAACAAAAGAUACAGUUUAAGCUUAAAAAUAUAAAAUACAGUCUAAUAUGUAAAAUGAAGGGGAAAAAACUUGCCUCAGGUUAUUUUCUUGGCAUCCAAAAGAUUCAGUAUUCCAAUAAUUGUCAUGCAGUAACACAGCAUAUGCAUAAAUUACAGAUUUAUAGAAUAAAAUUUAGUUUUAUAUAGCACCUUUUUGCAAUAGUUAUGCAGUGUUUUACAAAACAGCUGCUGGUAUUGAUGUAACUGUAUAGGAAAUGUAGCAGCUGUUUCUGAGAGCAAGAAUUUUGGUCAGGAAACAAGUUGUCUCUUUAAUUUAAAAAAAAAAUUAAUUUCCAUAGAAUCAGGAGAAAUGGCUUUUGGUUUAACAUCUUGUCUUAAGGAUGGCAAUGCUAAUAAUAUAUUGCAGUCUUGCAGUAAUUAGAGUAUUUUUGGGUGGACAACUGAAGCAGGGGAAUGCCAAACAAUAUAUGGCACAGAAAUGAUCUAGUUACUGCACAGGAUUCCAGAAAUUCUGUCUCCGUAAUUUGGGGUUUGAAUUAUAAACAUAUCUUUUUGGGAGUCCUGACGGUAGCAAUCAGCAAUAAAGAGAAAAAAUUAUGAAUAAUUUUUGCAAAUGAGAUUAGCAAGAUUAUUAAGAAAGCAUAAAUUUAGCUGUAAGUUUUUUUUUGGUGGGCAGGGUGUUGACUACAAAUCUUCCAAAUUGCAAACAAGCCUUACAAUAAAACGUCUUCUGUAGAUCAUGUGAUGCUAAAUGAAAUGGGUUCCCUUUAUCACUGACUUAGUGUGCAUAUUCUAAACUAGAGUGGAAAUAACAUCAUUGAUGUGAAUAUGUUACAUGAUAGGACUAAUGCAUAUAAACUUUGCACAACAGGUUGUUUUCCUAUAUCAUCUAUGCAUUUGUCUGUGUUUAACAGUGAUAGUCGACAGACCAGAUUUAUACUUUUUUAAAAAGUCUUUGUUUCACCAUUGGGAACUUGUUUGGAGUUUAUUUAGAUUUGCAAACAGGUUUUUUUAAAAGAUCGUAUGCAGGAAAUGCAUAUACAAACCAGGAUAAUGCUAAACCUGCACAUCACUUUUUCAGGUGGGAAAGCGGGAGGGGAGCUAACAUGUAUUAGCAAGGAGAGAAUUCUAAAAAUGUAAAACAAUGAAAAUGUACCUCAGUGAAACAAGAUAGAUAACUUGAGACAGUAAUGCCAAAGUUUUUGUAGUGUUGCUGGAUAAUUUUUUAAAAAUGCUCAUUUUAUAUAAAUGUAUUUAUAAAAUUAUUUAUUUUUGCAGUUUUUGUUUAAAAAUACAGCUCUGUUCGUAAUGCAUAUUUCAUUUCUUGGUACUAUUCUUCAUAUAUUUGCCAUGUGUCGCUGCUGGUAAUGAUUUUGGUAAUCUGGUCAAUGAUCAUUUCCUUAUUUACAGAUGCUGCUAUUCUUAAGUGUUAUAAAUAUUUAGUAUUAGCCUUUUUAUUUAUGGCAAAUAGUUUGUACAUUUAAACUUUGUCAUUUAGACUGAAAAAUCCAUUGUAUGUCCAUACCAAGGUUAAUAUAUUGUUGACUAAAUAUAUGUGCUUAUAGGCAGGUGUGUUUAACAGAUAGAUAGUACUGUGAAACUCUAAAAUGAAACUGUGUAUUAGUUUUUCUAAUGAUGCUUUUAUUUUUCAAGUUUUUAGAUUAUAGAUGCAGAAAUAAAAA